CUCAGGACGAGCCAUCUAACCUAUCUUUAGCCACUGCGAGCAAGUGAAUGGAGAGCCUGACUUAUCUUCACUGCUGUCAUCGAGGCUGCCAGUAUUUUUAGGGGACAGCAGCAGCUGCAAAAGCAUUUAACGGUCUUCUACGAACAAUGACACUAGGGGUGUCUCAGGACUAAACACCACAGAGUUUGUGGGACCGCUGGAGCAUUCAAAGGAAAGCGGUCUGAUAAAAUUAAAAACAUCUUAAAAGGGGCAUGUAGAAGCUUUGGCAAAAUGGACAGGUGACAUGGACUAGAUGUUAAUGAGGAGGACAUGCCACAACAAAUCUACGAAAGUGGAAAAGGAUUAUUCUGUGAAAAAAAAACUACUGCUGGAAGUGAAGGGCGGCGAAGCAGAAGAAGCUGGUCACAACGGAAUGUAUAUUGACAGUUGUCUCUGAGGACCAAACAGAGAGACUUACUUCAUAAACUGCUGGACAACCAAAUUCUCCAGAGCAAUAAAUAGACUGAAUGCCUGUAGCCUGUCAAUCUGAGUGGAGGUUGGCAAGUGAGCAGGGAUGGAUGUGUUUGGUGGAGCACCACGGUUCCUGGCAUACCCUCGGCCUGUGGUUGUACAGAGUGGCACAGAUGCGGUUCUGAAAUGUCAGAUCGGCGGAGAUCCCAGACCUGCCGUUAUAUGGGAAAGAAACAAUGAGAAGAUUCAUCCAGAGGGCAGAUACCGGGUGUUUGAGGAUGGAAAUGUCUACAAUCUUAUAAUAACUUCAGUGACAAUGGAGGACAGUGGGCAAUACAUCUGCAAGGCAAAGAACUGCAUUGGAGAGACUUAUGCAGCAGCCACUUUAAAAGUAGAAGGUGAAGCACAGGAGAUGGAAGUUCGGGAGGAAAACAAGCCACGCUUCCUCAUCAAGCCCCUCUCAACUAGGGUUGGACGAGGAGAAGAUGCCAUGUUCUCCUGUAAGCUGUGGGGAAACCCUAGACCAGAAGUAAUGUGGGAGAAGGAUGGCAAGAAGUUGAAUGAGAUCUUCGAGAGCACACAUUUCACCAUCAGCUAUCAGGAUGGAGGGUGGUUCCAGCUGAAAAUUUUCAAGACAAGAGCACCAGAUGGAGGGGUGUAUACGUGUAAGGCUAGGAAUGAAUUUGGAGAGAGUCUGGCAGGGGCUGUGCUGUUAGUGGAUGCUGGACCAGGACAUGAAGAUGAAGGCAACCGUAAUGGAUACACUAACGGCCACUGGAAAGCACAUCAGGGAAAACAAAGAAGUGGUAGACAAGUUGCGACAAAGCUGAAAAAUGACCCAUUACCAAACUCAGCCAAAGUGAAAAUGUUUGCAGUGACAGAGGGGAAACAUGCAAAGUUUCGGUGCUAUGUAACAGGGAAGCCAAAACCAGAAAUAUUAUGGAGGAAAGAUGGGAAACUUAUCUUGUCUGGACGACGGUACCUAUUGUAUGAAGACAGAGAAGGUUACUUCACACUUAAAGUUCUCUACUGCAAACAACAGGACAAUGGAGUUUAUGUCUGUUCUGCUUCAAACACUGCAGGACAAACCCUGAGUGCUGUACACCUCAUCGUCAAAGAGCCACCUGUUCGAUUUAAGCAACCAUUAAAUGACUUGCAAGUAUGGGAAAGAGACUUGGCUGUUCUUGAGUGUGAAGUUCCUGAGGACUCUGUUCCAAUCACAUGGUACUUAGAAGACAGACGACUGCAGCCUGGAGCCAAAUAUGGGAUGGAAGAGUGGGGGACAAAGCGUCGACUCACAAUUCGUGAUAUUGGAGUUGAUGAUGAUGGGAUUUAUCUCUGCGAGAUGGCUGAUGGAGGCAGAAGUAUUGCUGAGGUAGCAGUCAAAGGAACAAUUGUACGAAAGCUGCCACGAAAAGUUGAUGUCUUGGAGGGUGAAAAUGCAGCAUUCUGCGUGGAGGUAGAGGAGGAAGAAAUGGACAUUCAUUGGUACAAAGAUGGAACAGAGCUAAGAGAGACACACCAGACCAUUCUCAAAUCUUUUGGAAGGACCCACAUUUUGGUCUUUGUAAAUACCACACCACAGGACUCCGGUUUGGUCAUGUUCUACGUUGGUAGAUCAAAAACAUCAUCUCAGCUACGGGUUAAAGCGGCAAGGCACUGUCCACCAAGCUGUCCCAUAGGGGUACAAAUAAACACAGAAAGAGCAAAUGCAGCUCUUCUUUCCUGGUUUCCAGCACAAGACUCUCGAAAGAAUCCACCUUCAGGAUAUAUUAUUGAAAGACAAGAGGUUGGUUCACAAGAGUGGCUGCAAUGUUUGACCACAGACUCUGCAACCUCUGUGGAGAUUCUUGGUGACAGUGUUCCAUGCGAGGCAGAUUACAGAUUUCGGAUAUGCAGUGUCAACAAAUAUGGAAGAAGUGGAAAUGUAGAGUUCCCUCGAGCAGUUCACCUUGUUCCAGUUGCAAGAAUCCAGGCACCUUUACAAGAUGCUUUAGUGCCAGAGGGCCAGGAUGCCUGCUUUACCAUUGAGCUCUCUGCCUCGGUUAUAGGCACUUGGUUCCUAAAUGGAAAUCAGCUUCAAGACGAUGAACGUUUCUCCAUAAGGCGUUCACGUACGCACCAGUCCCUACGCAUCCGGGGGGUACGAGACACAGAUAAUGGAGCAGAGAUCACUUUCAUUGCUUAUGGAAUUCGCGAUUCUGCUGCUCUGUAUAUACAAGCUCCACUUGUAAAGUUCACUCCACUUUCUGAAAUGGAUCGAAACAAAUUUGUAGAGGUUGGCAACCCUAUAGUGCUCUACUGUGAGUUGUCAGACCCUGAGGCUCCAGUUCGUUGGUACAAGAAUGGUGUUGAACUUCAAUCAAUGGAAGGUCUGCAUAUCCAAUCAGAAGGAACGAUGAGAAGGAUUGUCAUCCAGUCAGCUGAAUUCUCCCACUCCGGAGUUUAUAGCUGUGAUGCUAUCGAUGACGUCAUCAGGUUUAAUGUGGAGGUUGAGGCCCCACCAGUGAGGUUUUCAGUUAUUCCGGAGGGCAAGAGGAACAAGUCAAUAGAAGUAGGUUCAACGAUAGCACUGCAAUGUGAGCUCUCAGACCCGGUUGCCAAGGUCUCCUGGUAUAAAGAUGGUGUGAAACUUCUACCACAAAGUGGACUAGACUUCAAAUCUGUGGGCACAAAGAGGGAACUUGUUGUCCAGUCAGCUGAAUUUUACCACUCAGGAGUGUACAGCUGCAAGACAAGGGGUGAUGCUGUUCACUUCAGUGUGGAUGUUAAAGCCCCACCUGUGAGGUUCUCAGCUGCCCCUGAGGUUAAGCGGAGAAAGUGCAUUGAAGCAGGCUGCCCCAUUAUUCUGCAGUGUGAGAUUUCAGACUCUGCUGCACAAGUCCAGUGGUAUAAAGAUGGGGAUCAGCUUCUUGUAGAAUCUGGAGUAGACAUCAAUUCAGAUGACUGCAUGAGAACUCUCAGUAUUCAGUCAGCACACCCAUCUCACGCCGGUGUGUACAGCUGCACAACAAAGGAUGAUGUCAUCGAGUUUCAUGUGGAGAUAAGAGCUGCACCGGUGAGGUUCUCAGCUGUACCGGAAUCUGGGAAGAAUAUAUGCACCGAAGCUGGUGGCCACUUUGAACUCUGCUGUAAGGUAUCAGACCCGAUGGUCCACGUCAGCUGGUUCCACAAUGAUACACAGCUUCAGCCGGAGACUGGUUUGGAUGUUCAGUCAGAAGGAGAAGCAAGGACUCUGGUAGUCAAUCCAGCUGAGCCCAGACAUUCUGGAUUGUACCGCUGUGAAACAUCAGAUGACUCUGUCCAGUUCACUGUGGAUAUCAAAGACCCACCGGUGAUGUUCUCAUCAUUACCACAUACUUUGAAGAAUCAGCUGAUUGAAACAGACAACUCCACUGAUUUGUAUGGUGAGAUCUCAGAGCCAAAUGCCAAGGUGUGUUGUUACAAGGAUGGUGUAGAGCUCGUCUCAAAAAGUCAGCCUCAUAUCAAAUCGGAGUGUACCAGGAGGACGUUAGCUGUCAAGACAGCACAGCCCUCUAAAUCUGGAUGGUACGACUAUGUGAGAACGAGUGAUGUCUUCCAGUUUAAUGUACAAGAUCAAGUGUCAUCGACCAUUUUGGCUGAUCCUGAAGUUCAGAAGACCAAAUUGGUUGAAGAAAUGGAAUCCGUUGCACUACCUUAUGUGAUCUCAGACCCUGCUCCAUAUGUCAGCCAGACAAAAGAAGAGAAGGUCAUACUUCCUCAAUCAAAACCCAAACCUGAAUUAGAAUUUGAAUCUAAUUCUGAUUUUGAACCUGAAUCUGAACAUGAAGUUCACUUAGAUGCAUCAAGAGGAGCUUUAAUCAUCCACUCACCUGAAACAUCUCUUGUUGAAGUAAAAUGCCCAAAGACACCAGAGGAUCCCAUCCAGUUUGAAAUGGACCAAGCAGAGCUGUCUCACUAUGAGGUGUUCAGUGGUGAGACCUAUGAUGACUCUGUCCAGUGCACUUUGGAUACAAAAGAAGAGUUUCUGAGAACACCAGGAACUGAGGCUGAGAUAAUAUCUGAAAAAGAGAACAACAAAAUAACAGCAGAAAGAUCCAGAGACAGGAUCCAGUGGGAGACUCCAGUGUCAAUUCCUACAACUUUCAGAUUGACUGAAGAGGAACCACUGCCAUUACCAAAGCUACAACAACAGCCACAAUCACUGGAACAACCAGAGAUACAACCAAUGACCCAACCACAGCUACAACCAGUGCUGCAACCACAGAUACAACCAAUGCUACAACCAAUGCUACAACCACAGCUACAAUCUGUGCCACAAUCAGAGCUGCAAACAAUGCUGCAACCACAGAUACAACAAGUUUUACAACUACAACAAAUGCCACAACCACAACUACAACCAAUGCAACAAGCACAAAUACAACCAAUGGUACAACCACAGCUACAUCCACAACUGCAACAACAGUUACACCUACAACCAAAUCUUCAGAAACAACCACAGCUGCAGAACCAGACAAAUACUUCAAUUUCCGAAGGCAGCGGCUCAAAUCCUAUCACAACAGAAGAGAGUGGCAUGGAUCAAGAUGACAUAGCUUUUAAGGUGGAUGUUGAAGCUUCAAGGACAAAUUUUACAUCAAUUUGUGGAAAGGAUGAGAGCUUGCCUAUUGAUGCAGACCGUUCCAGUGUACUCCUAACUGAGAACUCAGACUACACUACCCAAGAAAAACCUUUAACAGGCCAAAUGGUGGAGAAAACCACAACUUUCAAUAAACCUACAACAAAGAAAGAGAUAAUCCAUUCAUCAGAGAUGUGUUCGGAAGGAACAUAUCAGACUGUUACCAAGGACGUAUUUCUUGCAUGUCAACAAGAAGUGAAAGCUCCACCAGUGAUGUUCUCCAAUAUCGAUGAGGCUCAACGGAAUAAAUGCAUUGAGUCAGGACGACCCUUUAAACUGCAAUGUGAAGUCUCAGACCCUGAUGCGCAAGUCUGGUGGUACAAAGAUGGAAAUGAGGUGCUUUCUCAAGAUGGUAUGGUCAUUGGGUCUGAGGAAGGGAUAAGAACACUCUCUGUGCAAGCUGCUGAAUUAUGUCACAACGGAACAUACAGAUGCCAGAUGAAUGAUGAUGCCAUCACAUUCCAUGUGGAAAUCAAAGCUCCAUCACUGAAGUUCAUUCCAAUUUCAGAAGUGGAGAAGAACAAGUCCACCGAAGUAGACUCACCAAUUGUUCUGAAAUGUGAGCUAUCAGAUGCAACCUCUGAGGUGCUCUGGUGCAAAGAUGGUAGAGAGCUGGCCCCAAACCCUGAGCUCAAUUUCCAAAAAGAUGAAAAUAAACGGAAAAUAACUGUUGAAUCAGCAAAACUGUCUGAUACUGGGAACUACACCUGUCAUGUUCAAGGUGAUACCGUAUCAUUCAAGGUGGAUGAUCAAGCUCACCCUGUUAGGUUCUCAGCACUCCCAGAAAUUGCAAGGAACAAGUUUAUUGAAGCAGGCUGUCCAAUUAUACUUCAAUGUGAAAUCUCAGACCCUACUGCCCAAGUUACCUGGCUCAAAGAUGGAGUCGAACUCCAACAACACAGUGGACUUGACAUCCAAUCAGAGGGCACUAUGAGGAAAUUGAUCAUCCAUUCAGCUGAGCUCAAACACUCAGGCAUGUACAGCUGUGAGGCUGUGGAUGAUCUCAUAGCAUUCAAGGUGGAUGUUGCAGCUCCACCAGUGAUGUUCUCAGCUGUUCCUGAAAUUGAGAAGAACAAGUGCAUUGAAGCAGGCGGGCCAAUCAUUCUCCAAUGUGAGAUAUCUUAUCCAACAGCCCUGGUCCAAUGGUACAAGGAUGGAUUACGGCUUCUACCUCAAUCUGGGGUUUACAUCCAAUCACAGCACACGAUGAGGACACUGGUUAUCCAAUCGGCAAAUGUAUCCCACUCUGGGUUUUACAGUUGUAAUUCUGCUGAUGAUAUCAGCGAAUUUUUUGUGGAAGUUAAAGCACCUCCUGUGACAUUUGCCAACAUACCAGAAGAUGAUCUGCACAGAAAUAUUGUGGAACAAGACAAUAUACUCCUUCGCUGUCAAGUGUCUAGGUCAGAUGCUACUGCACAAUGGUAUAAGGAUGGAGUAGAGCUUAAGUCUAGUAACCACGUCCUCAUUGAGGUGGAAAACGACAUUCGAAGGCUAAUUAUCCUCUCAGCUCAGCUCUCAGAUUCUGGGACAUAUACCUGUCGUGCUGGAGAUAGCGCUUUAGUAUUUAAAGUUAACGUAAGAGAACCUCCAGUUAUGAUUGUAUAUCCCAAGGAAGAUGUCCACCUUGAUCGCCAUGUUCCUGAAGAAAUUGUUCUCAGCUGUGAACUUUCACGGCCAAACGGAAAGGUGACAUGGUUCAAGGAUGGACAGAAACUACAGGAGAGUGAAAACAUCAAGCUAAAGACAGAAGGUCCAUAUAGACGGCUAAAAAUUCUGCACAGUGGUAUUGAGGACUCUGGAGAAUAUGUCUGUGACACAGCUGAUGAUUCUAUAUUUUUCAAUCUAAACAUAAAAGAGCCACCGGUACGUAUAGUUUCUCCAAGUCAGUCUCAAAUGGAACUUUGCCAGCAGACCUCUGAAAGGAUGGUCCUGAGCUGUGAAAUCUCUAGACCUAAUGCCACGGUACGCUGGUAUCGAGAUGGUCUUGAAGUAGAGGAGAGUGACAGCCUAAUUCUGGAAGUUGAUGGUGUCUAUAGGAGACUUAUUAUCCCAAAACCUACUGUCAAGGACUCUGCAGAAUAUGUAUGUGACACCACUGAUGACUCAGUGACAUUCUUUGUAAAUAUUGCAGAGCCACCAGUCAGAUUUAUUCGUCCAAGGAAAAUGGUCUAUGGAGUAGAGAAACUUGUUGGUGAGAUUGUGGUCCUUGAGUGUGAAGUGUGUCGACCAAAUGCUGAAGUUAGCUGGAAGAAGGAUGGAGAUGAGAUUGAGGAGAAUAGCAACGUAACUAUAACAGAGGAUGGCACAAAUCGUCAGUUAACAAUUCACUCCGCAGCUUUUGAGGAUGCAGGGCAAUAUGUCUGUGAUGCCAGAGAUGAUGUCAUGGAUUUUCUAGUAAAAAUCAAAGAUCCACCACUGAAAAUUCUGCGAAAAGCUGACAUAGAAACAAAAUGCCAGUUUAUGGUAUCUGAUGCCAUUGUGUUAAAAUGUGAAAUCUCAAGAGCAAAUGGUGUGGUCAAUUGGCUAAAAGACAAUGAGAAGAUUGACGGAAAUGAGCAUUUCACCUGUGAAGAACAAGGGGCAUUCAGAUCUCUGAUUGUCCUUAAUGCUGAGAUGAGAGACUCCGGGGAGUACAUUUGUGAUGCGCAAGAUGACAAAGUUGUCUUCAGUGUUACUGUAGAAGAGGCUCCAGUGUCCAUUGUUGGAAAUACACAGAAGCCAAAACACUGCAUAUUAAUGACAGGAGAUGAGCUCACCAUUGAGUGUGAGGUGUCUCGAAUAAAUGCUAUAGUCCAGUGGUACUGCAAUGGAUGUUUACUAAAACAGGACUCACGCACACACAUUGAAAGCAGUGACACAAUGAGGAAGCUUGUGAUAUCAGGACUUCAGACAUCUGACUCUGGGGAGUAUCUCUGUGAUGCCAUUGAUGACAAAAUGACAACCAUGCUAACAGUUCAAGACCUUCCCUUCAAAUUCAUCAAAAAAGAUGAAAAAACAAACAUUUUAGCUUAUGAAGAAGACAGUUUGACACUACGUGCCACAGUCAACAGAGCCAACGCCCCAAUUAAAUGGCAGAGAGGUCGUGAUUCAAUCAGAGGUGAUCGGUUCCACACAACAAGUGAUGGAAACACCCACUACCUUACCAUUAACCCACUCAAGAGAGGGGAUAGUGGUGAGUAUACAUGUCACUUGGGAACUGACGAGAUGCACUUCAAUGUCCACAUCAAAGAAAUGAGGGUGAAAUUCUCCAAGCCACUGGAAAACACAGCGGGACUCAAAGGUAGCAAUGUGGUUUUAAAAUGUGAACUGUACAAGUCAAAAGGAGAUGUUCAGUGGCUCAAAGAUAGCCAAGAGAUUGCAGCAAACAGACAUUUUACAAUCAGAGCUGAGGGUCGAGUGAGAAGUUUAACAAUACAUAACAUCACAGAAGAUGAUGCAGGAGAAUAUGCUUGUGAAUCCAAAGAUGAAAGGACAUCAGCUACUGUAACAGUCAAUAUACCUCGCAUUGUGGAGUUUAUUGCAGAGCUACACAACAUGACUGUAAUGGAAGGAGAAGAUGCAACAUUUAAGUGUGUGGUGUCUCCAGAGGAUGCAAAGCUAUCCUGGUAUAAGAAUGGCCAGCUCAUUUCAUCAAAUGAGAAGUUCAACAUCUCCAGCAAUGGAUUAUGCCAUAUGCUGCAUAUCAAAAACUGUCAAGUCUCAGAUAGCUGCACAUUGACAGCUGAGGCUGAAGGUGUGAUUUCCAGAGCUCUCCUUCAGGUCCAAGAGGCACAGGUGCUGUUCACAAAGAGCAUGGACCCAGUGGUUGCAGAGGAGUUUGGAGAGGCAACACUUGAGGUGGAGGUCAGCACACAGACUGCAGAGGUCCAGUGGAUGAGACAAGGAGUGGUUAUUCAUCCAGGAUCCAAAUUCACCUUGAAGCAGAGUGGUCGAAAACGUUCUCUCACAGUUCACAAACUAACCCUUUCAGACCGAGGAACAUACAGCUGUGAAACACUUCACGAUCGCACACAAGCCAAGCUUAGUGUGGAACCACGAAAAAUCAAGAUUCGGAAAGGUCUUAUUGACAUCCAGACUAUCGAACGAGAGACAGCUUCCUUUGAGGUGGAACUGUCACACAGCAAUGUUGAGGGAGUAUGGCAAAAGGAUGGGCAUGCCCUCAAAACCAACAACCGGUUACGCAUGACUGCACAAGGACGGGUACACAGUCUUACCAUCUCCAGCCUGACCUUGGAUGACACUGGCACCUAUAUAUUCUCUGUUGAUAACGUCAGAUCAUUAGCAAGAUUGGAUGUUAAAGAAAUCCCAGUUUCAAUCCUGAAAAAGCUUGAUGAUAUCAGACAACCAGAGGGAUCUGGGGUAACCCUUGAAUGCGAGUUAUCACGCCACAACAUAGACAUUAAAUGGACAAAGAAUGAAGUUCAGCUUAAACCAGGUAAAAACCAUCGUAUUUACUCAAUGGGAAGAAAGUGCUUUCUUCAAAUACUGAAGUGUGAGUUGGGAGACUCUGGAUUAUAUGUGUGUGAUGCUGGGGAUGCCACAACAUCAUGUUCGGUGGAUAUCUAUGAGAGAGAGCUUGAGAUACUGCAAAGCUUAGAGGAUCUGGACAUUCAAGAAGACCAGAAUGCGGUGUUCAUGUGUGAAGUGUCUCUGGACGAUGUGCCUGGAGAAUGGUUUAAGAAUGGAGAAAAGAUAAAACCGACCAGCACAAUUAAGAUUCGUCAGGAAGCGAAUAAGCACUUCCUCCUUAUAUGCAAUGUUAAAGAAGACGAUUCAGGAGAGAUCAAGUUUUUAGCCAAGAAUGUGGAGUCUACAGCUUACCUUGAGGUGGAAGCAUUACCAGCAAACAUUGUGAAACCACUGCAGGAUAAAACUGUUCUGGAGAAAACCCGUGCCAUAAUGGACUGCACACUAACAAAUCCCCGCUGCAGCAUUCGCUGGUAUAAGGGACCUAAUGUCAUCCUGCCCUCAGAGCACUUUGAGAUCUGCAGUGAAGGGUGCUAUCGAAAACUUGUGAUCCAGCAGGUGCUGCUGGAGGAUGAGGGCACCUAUAGUGUUCAAGUAGGAAACUACACAUCUUCAGCAAGACUAACUGUUGAAGCUCAGUCGAUCCUGAUGGUGCGGGAACUGCAGGAUGUGAAUGUAACCGCUCCUGCAGAUGCAUGCUUUGAAUGUGAGAUCUCUUUGCCUGUGGCCAAGGCACCUACGUGGACCCUCAAUGGGGAGACGCUGUAUCCUAGUCCUAAAGUAGUGCUGGAAAAAAUGGGAACUGUUCAUAGGCUCACUUUUAAACAAACAUCAGAAGAAUUGAGCGGCACCGUGUGCUUUAUCACAGGGAGAACCAAAAGCACAGCACAGCUGUGUGUCAGAAGAAACAACUGAGAAACAACACAUGCACUUAGUGCAUAAUACUCAACUUGCUUUUUAAAUGUAAAAAUACCAAAUGAAAUGAUAAAGCUCACAUUUCUUUUAAUAUAUCUGAAAGUGAGCCUAACAAGAAUUUAAAAUCCAAAUAUAUAUUUUGUGUAUAUUAUAUGCCAUUCUAAGUGGUUCAUCACACAUGUAUAAAAUUCUUUAAAUGGCACCUAUGAUGAAAAUCAUCUAUUGUAAGAUGUUUGGACUGAACUGUUUAGGUAUAGUGUGUCCACAGUCAUAUUGGGGUGAUAUAAACAAAAUAAGUCUCUUUUUUAAAUUUCCUGACGUUAAAAUAAGACCCAAAUCCCUCCCAUUUUGAGGCUGACUGCAACGUGACAUAGGGGUGCAGUUUCCCUGCCCACCGAAUUGAUUGACAGCCCCGUAUUAACAUGUCUCGGUAGUAACGCAUAUAAUCACAUCAACAAGACAGGACAUGCACAACGAUCUAAAAGAUCUGUUCAGCUCUCUGUGAUCAUCAGUCAUUAUCAAAUGUGAUCAAGAAUAAGUUUUACAAGUUAAAAAGUUUUAAAACAGUGCAUGUUUGUAAUGAAGAACAUCGAUUUAUUUCAGCUUUACUUAUCACCACAGCCCCGUGUCAGUAUUUAAUCCCGGUUUGUGGACGUUAAAUCAGGUUUAAUUUUGUACAUCAACACAACGGAUAUUCAUACAGCAGUGGAUAUUAACGUGUAUCCUGUCACAUUUGCCGUGCAAAAACAGUGCAAACUUAAACAUGAGCUGUGUGUGUCUGUGUGUGCGGGAACUUUGAAACGACAUUGUGUGUGACUCAUCGUUGCAGAAAGACCUGCAUUAACUCCACAACAAAUACAUCAAAUAAUCAUCGGUAAAGUUCUUAGUUCUGUAAUAUUUCUCACAAACCUUACGUGAGAUCUGCUUCCCUCAUGUCACUGUGAUGUUAAUCUGACACAGCCGAGUCGGAGACUGAGGCACACUCUGACAGGCAUGUGGGAAUGGUGGAUGGCGAGAACUGGCAUCAAAAACAGCUACAUUGUGUUCAGAGCAGAAUAUUUCAAUAUUCUGAAAGCUAAUAAUAUAAAUAUAAUAUAUUCUGAAAGCUAUAAUAAAUAAUCUGAUGGGAUUUCAGAUUCUGGAGACACAAAAGACUUAUCUUAAAUCUUGAAAAAGGGAUGAAAUAGGUGUCCUUUAAAUCCUCAUGCUUUCUAAAUCUUGGAUCAAACACAUUGGGCUUUAGAAACUAACAAACUUGUGGAAUCACCCGUGUUGGCACAACUUAAAUUUCUAGCCUUUUUUAAACAUUUUAUUUAGGAUUUUAUUUGGCAAUUUGUGUACUACUGUAUAUCAUUGUAUAGAUAUCCUUUUUGUGUGUUUUUUUUAAAUAUUAGAUAAAAGUGAGGUUAAGGCAUGUAAUAAAAAUAUGCAGGGCCAAAGAUGAUUAAAAGAGGGUUUGGGACGGAAAGAAAAACUUUAGAGUAGGCUAUGUAACAAACACAAUGAGUUCAUGAAUCAAUUUUACCAAGUAGGAAAACAUUUACAAAUACAGUACAUGGAAAUGCUUUUGAGUUUGCUUCUGUUGUAUUCAGAAAGCAUUUCACAAUUCUUGCCUUUUACUAAAGUAUCUAAAUGAAUGUUCCCAUGUUUAUCAAUACCUUUCAAUAAAAUUUGAAAACUA